CGCUCCCUCUUCCCAAACCCACAUUACGUCGAAACCCCGGACCGCCAUGCGCACCCACAUCCCUGGCCCCAUCACCACCUUGUCCGAACUCAGCCUCGCCGCCGCCGGCACCGCUUGAUGGAUCGUAUCCAUCCCACCACCUUGGACUUGGUCUAGGUAGACCCGUCCAUGCGGAGGAGAAGGCAUCGGCUAUACGUGCACGCCAUUCGACUACGUCCCGGGCCGGCCAGUUACUCCUGUCGCCAGCAUCUAGCCGGAGUCGUUGGCCGUUAAACGGCAUUAAUCGUGUAUCUGGUAUGAGGACGUGGACGAACGGCCAACCCUAGCAGGUAUGUCAAAUUUAGUAUGGAGAGGGGCAGGCUGUAUAGUAUGAUAGUUUUCUUCCUUUUGUUACAUACCUCCGCAUCAUACCUCAGACACCACAUAUUUGCGUCGAAUAGCGUAUGCCAUUGUUUGUCUAAGGUCAGCCCGUUCCGCACAUCGUCAUGCCCCUGGAUGGAGAGAGCGAACCCCUUCGCAGCGGUGGCCUAUGAGAGCAAAGUGAUUAUAGAGUUGCAGUCUGAUAUUACCCUUCAUGGAAAGGCGACACGUACGGUUCCUGCGUAUUCUACAGGAAAAAUAUGGGCGGCAUCAAUGCCCACAGACUCCCCGGUAAUCAGGCAGUUAUUCCCAUCGCGGGCCUUGACGUGUCUUGGAAAGACAGACGACCUGUUUCCAGAUGAACGAGAAGAUGCGCGGCUCAUGGUGAAUUGGGGGCUGAAUGGCUUGCCUGGUUCGUCGGAGGCCGAGUUGCGGAAAUCGGAUGUGGAGUCGCUGGUUUCUUUGAGAAGCUAUUGGGGUUUGUUGGGUGGUGCUGCUGGAGGAGAGUGAGGGGGAUAAUGUGGAAUCAAGAUUGGGUUCGGUGGGAGGAGGGACAGUGUUGGGCGGGGUGAGAAGGAUAUGGAAACGUUGGUUGCCCUGAGGCGUGGGGCAAAGAAGGCUUCUGUCUUAGUCUUCGAUAUAUAUAGCCUCAAAUAGUGCCAACAAGUGCACUCAUUGUGCCCUGGACGAGGAACGGACAGUCACCUCGCAAAACUCUGUACCCCCCCCUGAAAUAAAUCAGCG